UGAGUUUGAACUCUUCGUUUUUCAAUGUCAAAUCUUUUACAAAAUCAAUAUUCAGUUAGGACUUAGAACUGAUUUUAAUUUCGUUUAUUCAUAACGUGUGUACAUAGUUGAAUUAUUUAAUUUUAAAAUUUCUGUUGAAUCACUGACGUUAAUAUUUAACCGGAAUGGCAACUUCAUUGUUUCGUACCGCCCUUAAAGGAGGAUUACAUAAAAAUUAUCUUAGAAAAACUUUACGUACUUCAUUCAAUCUAGAAAAUAUACUAUGUAUUCAUACAUCAUCGUUUUUGAAUGUAAAGGGUCAAGAAAUUAACAUGCCAUCUUUGUCCCCGACCAUGACUGAAGGCAACAUAGUCAAAUGGUUAAAGAACGAAGGAGACAAAAUAUCCGCAGGUGAUGUACUUUGUGAAAUUCAAACUGAUAAGGCUGUUAUGGCUUUUGAAACCGAAGAAGAAGGAGUAUUAGCUAAAAUAUUGGUUCCUGAAGAUGCAAAAGAAAUUAAAGUUGGUUCUUUAAUAGCACUCAUGGUAGCCGAAGGAGAAGAUUGGAAAAGUGUUGAAAUACCUGAUGCCAAAAGUGUUGCACCUGCUGCUUCUGAUGCUCAGGAAGAAUCCGAAGAAUCAGAACAAUCUACUGGAGGAAAUACUCCAGGAAUUGAAUUAACCAUGCCAUCACUCUCACCAACUAUGUCUGAAGGUACAAUUAUUAAAUGGCAUAAGCAACCAGGAGAUAAAGUUUCAGCAGGAGAUGUCUUAUGUGAUAUUCAAACAGACAAAGCAGUUAUGUCAUUUGAAACUGAAGAAGAAGGAACAUUAGCCAAAAUUUUGUUAGGUGACGAUAGUAAAGACGUGAAAGUUGGUGAUCUAAUUGCACUAAUGGUUGCUGAAGGAGAGGAUUGGAAAGAUGUUCAAGUGCCUGGAAAGAAAAAAACUAAAUCAUCAGUAGCAAAAGAAGACAUUCAGAAACCUAAAGUUGAAUCUCAGACAUCAUCGGAACCUAUUACUAGACAUUCAUACGAUGGUUAUAGUCCAGCUGUGAGGUCACUUCUAGAAUUAUAUGCUAUUGAUGGUUCUAAAAUUAAAGGAACUGGAAAACAAGGAAAACUCUUAAAAGGAGAUGUUUUAAAGCAUGUGACUGAAAAACAAUUGUCUAUCAAACCUCCUAGAACAGUACCCUUGCCAGGUGAAACAUCCUCAUUUAAAUCUGUCGCACCGACAACCAUAUCAAGACCCACUAAAGGACCUAGUUAUAUUGACAUUCCAUUAACUGGCAUGAGAUUAACAAUUGCUAAACGAUUAACUGAAUCUAAAACAAUGAUUCCUCAUGCCUAUGCUACAGCCGAGAGCAAUAUUGAUUCACUUUUGGGACUUCGUAAGCAAUUAAAAUUAUCCGGUAUUAAUGUUUCUGUAAAUGAUUUUAUCAUUAAAGCAGUUGCUAUUGCUCUAAAACAGUGUCCUCUUGUCAAUUGCCACUUUGUCAAUGAUAAAGUAGUUUUACAGCAAACAUCUGAUAUUUCUGUAGCAGUUGCUACUGAAUCUGGUUUGAUAACUCCUAUUGUAACUAAUGCAGAUGGUAAAGCAUUAGAUGAGAUUUCUGCCGAAAUUAAAGAAUUGGCAGGACGUGCACGGAUUGGUAAACUGCAGCUUCAUGAAUUCCAAGGAGGCAGUUUUACAAUAUCUAACCUUGGAAUGUUUGAUAUAUCUGAAUUUAGCGCUAUUAUAAAUCCUCCACAGUGUGGUAUAUUAGCUAUUGGAAGUGGACGACCUGUUAUUGCAUUAAAUGGUAAACCACAAACAAUUAUGACAGCCACAUUAUCAUAUGACUCACGUGCUAUAAGUGAAUCUGCUGCAUCAGAUUUCUUAGAAACUCUGCAAGGUUUAUUACAAACGCCAGCAUCACUUCUUUUGACGUCAACAGCCACCAAAAAGCGUGCUUCAAAUUAAGUGAAUCAAAAUUUCCCAGUUAAAUGUUUUUGUUAAGUUUUUUUUUUUUUUUUGGCUCAAGCUCUAAUAUUUGUUAUAUUAUAAUAAG